AUGGCUUGGAACUCCGCCGCGAUGCCAAUUCAGGGGUUCACCGUCUUCCAGCCUGCGCCGGGCGCCGUUCUGUCGUUUGUGCCUGCUAUGGGUACUGCCGAGCUUGACCAGCUCAUCGACGCUUAUGUCGUCCAGGCCGCCACGAUCCAGGAGAAGCGGGCGAUCGUCAGCAUGGAGUUCUUCACCCACAACGCCCUUACCAACCAGACACAUCUCUUUUUCCCGGUCAACAACCCAUUCAACUACAUUUCUGCGGUAACCGGCUCUCCUGCUUCGAGCCUGGGCGACUCGGGCUACGGCUCUUCGUUCAACGUCUCCCCUGUAGCACAGGAGACCCUGACUCCCGUCUCCUCUGCUCCUCCAACUCCGGUAACUGCUCUGCAGCCGACAACGACCGCCCAGCGCAAGAACCGCGUGUCGAAGUCCAGGGCAAAGACCACCAAGAAGUCUGCCUCGACUGCGUCUCGCGCCUUCGCACACGACUUCACCGGCAUGCCGGGCAUGCAGAUCCUGACCAAAGACGGAGUAGAUGUGACCAAUUCGGCACGGGGAGGCAAGACAAAAGAGGACCGUGAGCACGCACACUUGAUCCGCCUGCUCAAGUCUUGCCCAACCUGCAAAAAGAAGAAGAUCCGCUGCGAUCCCUCUCACAAGCGGGAUAUCCCCUCAAAAUCGGCCGUCGCCGAGGCUCAGCCGGCGGUGAAGUCAAGGACUGUCGCCGUACCGUCUCCAGCACCAUCUCAGAACAGCAUCGAUGCAGCACAAGCUAGGACUGCAGUGGAAAUCGUGCAGCCGGCCGACGACUUUAUGGAGUCAUUGGAUUUCGACUUCGGCCUUGACGUGACUGACAUCGACAACUUCUUGAACUUUGGGGCAGAUGCCACGGGCCCCAUGGACUUUAACUUCCUCAUGGACGAGCAGGCCUUGUUCACCCCGGCCACUCCUUCCACGGCGUCGCCUGUUCCUGGGAACUACGCCAAUUUCACCCCGGCGCAGAAUUGCAUGACAUCAAAUGCUGUCAAUGUCGGCGGUGACCAGCCAGCUCAGCUUCCGUACCUCCUGUCGGAGGGACACGCCGACAACUACGUCGACUUUACGCUAUUCUCGCCGGCUGCGAGCCCGCUCGGCGAGGAGCCUCGGGAGCUGCGCUCGGCGCACCCCUCGCCCAGUGAAGGAGAGUUGCAGCAGUCAAAGAGUCCUCGCCAACGUGAAUCUGGCGUGCCAGAAAGGACAAGAUCUGCACCCGGGGUUGUUGGAAGGGCACGGUCACCACUGUCUCCUGUUCUCUCUCAGCAUGCUGUUUCUUCUGCCAACUUCUUUAGCGUAGGCCCAGAAAUUGGGCACAACCUAGUAGAUAGUGCUGCCGCCACUGUUCGCGUGAAUCCUGCUGAUGGAGGGACCCGCCACGGAGGGACUGAUCACGGCGGCUCAGGUCUUGGGGGCACAGGUCAUGCCGGUUCAGGUUACGGCGGUGGAGAAUUUGCCGGCGGGGCCGGAGUCAUACCACAAGGACUGGGACUGCCUCUGGAUAGGAUCAAACCUCGGCAAAGCGGCGCCUCUACGGACGGCGUUCGCUCCUCGACUACCAUCGCAACAGCAGGCCAGUCCCAAUCGCUCUCUACGCAGCUUCAACGCGUUGUUGAGGCCUCGGCUGUGCUGCAACUCCAGCAACAACAAGAGCAACAACAGACUACUCCCCACGACAAGAAAUCAUGGUACGGUAGUAGCAGUAGUAGCGGCUCGAGCCUAGACAUUCGCUCGACAACAUCAAAGACGGUCCCGACGACGGAACAGAUUCCGAGAACCUCCAACGUCACAACACUCGGAGAAGCAGCUGCCCAGAUGGGGGCCGCCGGAAAAUUCCGGACACACUCCGCUCCGCUUUCGUCCAGAAACAGACACAUCGCCGAGACCGAACUUCAAAAUCGGAUCGAGAUGUCGAUUUAUGCUCCGGUCACGGAUGCACAAGUCGCUUAUUCUUCGGGAGUCCCUGGAGCAAAGCAUCACCGUCGUUGUGAGGACUCUGCCCAACAGACCGGGGCAGAAGGUGGACGUGUGCACCAACACGCUUCAAUCACGGCGACCUCAGGGCCUUUGGCCAACGCUGGCCUGGCUGGCAUGGCUCAGUCGCAAGAUCGACGACCGACGUCCUGUCCACCGCCACAUGCACUUUGUACAUCCCAAAAUGCCGUGGUCAGCUCCAGUGGACUGGAUAAGAUCGAAGGCUCCGUGGCGGCGAAGACUCAAAUUUCGUCUAUCAUGAAACCUGUUGCGAAGAUGGCAAAGACCACAACGAUGUCGUCAACCACGAACGCGAUCAUGGCUCUGGGCAAACCCAGGACAGCCGCUGUGUCACUUCAAGAUUCAGUAUCCAGUCUUUUACUGGUCGUCGGCGCCGUCCUCGUGUUUGCAGCAAUUUUCCAGAAUCUGCACUAUACAAGUCGCAGCAUAGCGAAGCUCGCCCUCUCGAUCUCACCACUGGUGCUUCGACACAUGAUUCCCGCCUUGCCAUCGCAGUCUUCGCCAUCGUUGCUGUUAUCUAGCGUUCGAAAAGUCGCAUCCACACACUUGCGGCGACCCGCUGGACUAUGUGUCCUGGGCUAG